AUGCCUGCACAAGAACUGGCCCUCCCGGAGCCACCAGCGACGGAGUCUGAGGAUUCGGCUCCGUCCUCUCAACCCAUUGUUGGAAUUAUCUAUCCUCCUCCGGAGGUUAGAAAUAUUGUUGACAAGACUGCAAGUUUCGUGGCCAGAAAUGGACCAGAAUUUGAAUCAAGAAUCCGUCAAAAUGAGCUGGGGAAUCCAAAGUUCAAUUUCUUGAAUUUUGGGGAUCCUUACCAUGCAUACUAUCAGCAUAAGGUAAAGGAAUUUAAAGAGGGUAAAGGUCAGGAACCACUAGUCGCUCCUGGAGUAGGUAAAGCUGUGAAUCUCGCUGCUCAUCAAAAACAACAAGAAAUUCUUAAGCAAGUAGAACAGCCGUUUAUACCAAAGGAUCCACCUCCAGAGUUUGAAUUCAUAGCCGAUCCUCCAUCUAUAUCAGCCUUGGAUUUAGAUAUUGUUAAGUUGACCGCGCAAUUCGUGGCGCGUAACGGACGUCAAUUCCUGACAAAUUUAAUGAAUCGCGAACAAAGAAAUUUCCAGUUCGACUUUCUGCGACCCCAACAUUCGCUCUUUCAAUACUUUACUAAAUUACUUGAACAGUAUACCAAGGUACUCAUUCCACCAAAAGAUUUACUACCACGACUUAGAAAUGAAGCAUCAAAUAUGGAUAAGAUCCUCGAGCAAGUAAAGUAUCGCGCCGAAUGGUUAAAAUAUCAGGAAGCACAGAGACGUAAGGAAGAAGAAGAGCUAGAGCGUGAGAGAGUCGCUUAUGCUCAGAUUGAUUGGCACGACUUUGUUGUCGUCGAAACUGUGGAUUACCAGCAAUUCGAAGUUGGUAAUUUUCCUGCACCUACGACACCUGAUGAAGUUGGUGCACGCGUACUGAUGCAGGAGCGCAUAGAAGAAGGAGAGGAUGUAGAGAUGCAAAUCGAAAGUGAUGGAGACGACGAGAUGCAGAAUCGUACAGAAAGCGAAAAAGAUCGCGCUAAGGAUAAUAACCAAGUGCAAGACAUGGAAGAGGACUCGAGCGACGAAGACGACGUAUCUCCUCCAGGAGAUUCUCAGAAAUCUAAGGACUUGAAACCACGCGAUGCUAGUAUGCAACCACCGCCAUUACCACCUACUCCAGGAAAUGUAGUAGUAAAGAAAGGAUACGAUCCAAAACAACAUGCUAUUAAUAAAACGACUCGUCCAGUUGCUCAGGAUGAGUACUUGAUCUCGCCUAUCACGGGCGAACGUAUUCCUGCAAGUAAAGUACAGGAACACAUGCGUAUUGGUUUGCUGGAUCCGCGCUGGGUGGAACAACGCGACAAGCAUCUGGAUAAACUUGCCCAAGAAACAGUCUUCGCACCUGGUACUGCUAUCGAAGCCAGUCUUAAACAAUUGGCCGAGAGACGUACUGACAUCUUUGGUGUUGGCGACGAGGAAACUGCAAUCGGUAAAAAGAUCGGCGAGGAGGACAAGAAGAAGGAUGACAAAGUUACUUGGGACGGUCACACAUCCAGUGUGGAAGCUGCUACAAGAGCUGCUCGUGCCAAUAUCACUCUGGAGGAGCAGAUUCAUCAGAUUCACAAAGUCAAGGGACUUCUUCCCGAUGAAGAGAAGGAGAAGAUCGGUCCAAAACCAGCCAAUCGUGCGGCUGAAUUGUCUCAUAUGGCUGCUGCAGCGUCGAAGCCACAAGCCACCCUGAAGGCACCACCUAAGCCACCAGCUCCAAAACCUGUACCCGUUCCAGCACAACCACCACCACCUACGAUGAGUAUGCCUACCAUGGGAAUUCCACAGCAGAUGAUGCCACAACCGCCGAUGAUGAUGAUGGCUCCCAUGCCACCUAUUAGACCACUCAUGACACCCGCAAUGUCGCCAUUCAUGCCCACGCCGCCUCCUAUGCAACCUCCAAUGAAUCAAGCGAUGGGAAUGAAGCAUCCUGGAGAACCAAUGGAAGAAGAGCCCCAGACGAAAAAACUACGUACCGAAGAUUCUUUGAUACCUGAACAGCAGUUCCUGGCAAGAAAUAAGGGACCAGUACAACUGAGCGUAGCUGUACCCAUGAUGACGGAGAAGGCUGAAUGGAAACUGAAUGGACAGACAUUGAACAUCAUUCUGCAGCCAAACGAUACAGUUGCGACCAUGAAGGCGCGUAUUCACGAGCAAACAGGAAUGCCUCCAGGCAAGCAGAAGCUGCAAUACGAGGGUAUGUUCUUCAAGGAUAGUAAUACAUUGGCUUAUUACAACUUAUCAUCAGGUAACGCAAUAAAUCUUCUACCGAAGGAGAGAGGUGGCAGGAAAAAAUAAAUCUUUAAAUCAUUUAAUAAUUUACUGACUGUACACGUGCAUAAAAUGUAUAUUACUUUUAUUAUGUCCUCGAAUUAUAAUAUUUCGAAAGACCAUCGUCUAUGACCUUUCAUUAAUUGCUACUCAAGUGGAUGUCAAACGUUCCUUAAUAAACUGUACACCCCUCGGUAUAUUGUGAUUGGAUAA